AUGCCCUCCCAAAGCCUUCCCUUCUUCCUCCUACUGGCAUACUUCCCACCUGGACUCCUAACUGAUGCCUCGCCCUUUAUCAGGCCACUCCAGGCUGCAGUUAAUCUAUUGGCCAACACAUCCUAUGGCCGCUCCUGCUGGAUUUGCCUGGAGGCACAGGGCUCGUCUGGGGAAGCAUGGCCAACCUCUCUAAAGGAAUGGGCUCAGACAGAGGGAUUUAUGUACUACUCAACUUCUACUGGGCACCAGGGUGUUCAUGCAUCAGUUAAAAAGGACAGCCUCUCACACCCUGUUAUAGGACCUAUCUAUACUAAGGUUGCAUUGAGGGCAAAAGCCCCCCUGUGCCUCAGCUCUCCUGAGUUUCCACAGGGUUCCCCUGUGGGAUCCUUAAAUAGCUCCUUUUGUAACUUUACUGUGACAGUGCAUACCAAGGACCGGGCACUCCUCAUCAAGCCCCCCUUGCUCUUCUCCUCUCCGCCAAACAUAUCUGUGGCACAUCGACUCCAAUAUACAGGGGGCUUCUGCCAGGGAAGGCCUCUGUCAUGUAAACAUUUUGCUCUAAUGGCGGAUUCUAAUUGGGGCAGCAUAGGAAUAGAUAAUUGCUCCCUCAUUCAUGAGGAUGGCAAGUUAGCCCGGACUUUCAUUGACACUACUAGACGGGUAAUGUUCUGGGAAGAUCUGACGAGCAGUACUUCCCACAACAACACCCCAUGUUUUAGUCCACUGACUGCAGCUUCCUUUGCUGCCACGUACCUCUUCAAACGUCCCACUACUGAAAAUCCCCCACUUAGCGUACAUCACCUCUCUGGGUGCCUCCCUCCCACAGGGGGAAUGUACUUUGUCUGUGGGACUCUUGCUUACCAAUGCUUACCUUCUAACUGGACAGGGGUCUGUACCCUGGCCUAUGUCCUGUCUACUAUAUCUGUUGCUAAUGCUUCAGCCCCUAUACCGAUUCCCUUACACACUACUUCUCGACUUUCCAAGAGGAUCCCCCCUCUGAUCCCCAUCCUGGUAGGGAUCAGCACGGUGGCUGGAGUGGCGGGAGUUGCUACAGGCACAACAGGGGCAGUAUCAGCAAACAAUAUGUAUACUAGCCUCUCCUCCGAGCUGGCUGGUCUUAACACCCAAAUAGCAGCAUCCCUCUUCACUCUCCAAAAUCAGAUCAACUCUUUGGCUGCAGUUGUUCUCCAAAACAGACGAGCGUUAGACAUGUUAACUGCCGCUCAGGGAGUCUUCAGGGUUAUUGUAAUUACUCAAGCAAAAGAAGCUACGAUGGACGCUCAGAAAAGUAAGUACGAUGUUGGAUGA